AUGAAGAGCGCGAUGUCACUCUCCUCCUCGAAAAAGAAAAAGAAUAACAGCAGCAUCGCAACACCAUCAACAGAUUCAUCCGUGGAAAACAACAACAACGUGAACGACGACGACAGAAAUCUCGCACCAACGAAAACUUCUUCAAUCAUGAAUACUCAAAAGAACGUCCCGAGAGUGCAAUCCUCGGACGCUUUCUUCUUGGGCAAAGGUGACUUUCUCAAAGUCGGCGAGGAACCGUUUCAACCAGAUCCAGACGAUCCAUCUAUUCGGCCGUUUCGAAGUGGAUUUGAGCUGGAUAAGAAAUCGUUCGAACAAAAAGACGUUGAGUUUUUGGAUUCGCCGAACGAACAACGACGACCGAAAACGCCCGAGCAGUUGAUUUCUCUGCAAAAGCAAAAGAGCUCGAUUUUGCCAGCUUUGUUGAAUUGUUCUGGAGUCGUUCAAGACGCGUGCAAUGCCAUCGUGGACGACUCGUUCAAUCGAUGUUUUCAAAUGAAAGACCAAAGGCCGUGGAACUUCAACUUUUACUUGUACCCUCUGUGGGUGGUUGGCUUUAUCAUCAGACACUGCAUUUUACUGCCGUUACGAUUCACGUGGUUGGUCUUAUCGUUAGUUCUGUUCUUCUUGUUGUUCUUUAUCGUCCAUUACACUUUGCCGGAAAAGAGAGCGCAAGUGGUGAAGAGAAAGUUGUUGGAGUAUUUAGCCGCGGCUUUCGUCAUGUCGUGGACGGGCGUGAUUAAAUACCACGGACCGAAACCAACGAGGAGAGGCGGGUGCGUGUACGUGUCCAAUCACACGUCCAUGAUUGAUUAUCACGUGGUCGCGCAAGUGUCUUUGUUCGCGUGCAUCAUGCAGAAACACCCCGGGUGGGUUGGGUUUAUUCAAAACACCGCGUUGAAAGCAGUCGAUUGCAUCACGUUUAAUCGAACCGAUAUCAAAGAUAAACAAGCGGUAUCGAGACGAUUGAAAGAACACGUCAGAGAUCCCACAAAGUUACCGCUGUUGAUUUUCCCAGAAGGCACGUGCGUGAACAACGAGCACUGCGUCAUGUUUAAACGAGGUGCGUUUGAUUUAGGCGUCCCGGUAUGUCCAAUUGCCAUUAAGUACGAUAAAACCUUCGUGGACGCGUUUUGGAACUCUCGGAAACAAAGCUUUACCGCGCACUUGAUAAAAUUAAUGUCCUCGUGGAGCGUCGUCGCGGACGUUUGGUUCAUGGAACCGCAAACUAUUGGAGAAAACGAAACGAGCAUAGAAUUCGCCGAACGCGUUCGGGCGAUGAUUGCGAAAAAAGCCGGCUUAAAAAUGGUCGCUUGGGACGGAAUGUUGAAAUAUUAUCGACCGCAUCCUCGCGAACGCACCGCGAGACAGAAAAUUUUCGGCGAAAGAUUUCAAACCAUUCUCUCCACUCUUGGGUUCUACCAUCACAGUCACAGCAGUCGAGAGAUGAGUUACUCCGAAUGA